UCGGGCAACAAUGUCCAAGGGCUCCAAAAAGAAGCCCGGGCCCGCUCCUAAGUCUGAGCAGCGCGCCAAAGCAGAGCCUGUGCCGGGCGACGAGGCCACCUCCAAGGCGGAGCAGCAGUCUGCAGCCGAGCUCGAGGCGUGCUUCAUGAAGGCGCUCGAGAAGCGGAUGGGCGGGCUGGAGAUGACCGAGGACAACGUGCGCAAGGUGCUGCUCGCAAUGUCGCCGGAGGAGCAGCGCGCGCUCGCCGAGGAGGGCGAGGCGCUCAAGCGCGAGCUCCUCCAGAACGAGGAGCACGCGGACGAGGCGAAGAAAUUCCGCGCCGAGGUCAACAAGAAUGCCGAGGCGCGCGGGCUGCCGACCGAGGCGGACGGCGAGCACCUGACCAAGGGCGUGCUCGCCUUCCUCAACGCCGAGGGCGACGAGGCGUCCGGCCCCGUCCCCACCCUCCGCCUCCUGCUCAUGCUCGCCUCCUCGCCGUACCUCGCCAAGCUGGCGCUCGCCGACGCGGCGGCAGGCGGGCAGACGGGCGAGGCUCCGCCGGGCAGGGCGGGGGAGGCGCGCGCCGAGCCAGCGGACAUCGACGCGCUCGAGCAGGCCCUCGCCGGCCUGGAGGUCGACGGCUUCGCUCCCGAUCAGCGGGCAGGCCGGCCGCCGUUUGUGCGCAGGAACCUGACGCUGCUGUGCGGGCACCUGCACCGGGAGCGGCUGCCCGAGUCGCUCGUUCUCCGCGACUCGACCAAGCGGGCGCAGGGUGCGGCGGCGGGCCGCGCCUCCAAGCUCUCCGAGAUGCUCUUCCGCUACGCGCUGCAGAACCGGUGGGUCAAGCCGGCGCUCGCCGCGACAGAGGUGCAGGCGCUCCUCACGAACGGGCUGUGGGACGGCUCGGAGGCCGCCAAGCGCCGCAUGGCCGAGCGUAUGGCGGAGGCGGGACUCAAGCUGCCGCGGCUCAAGAUGGCGGUGAGCGCCACCGACGCGAGGCCCGGCCGCAAGGUGACCCGCGCAGGCUGCCGCGCGGCACAAUGCCCUGGUCGGCUUCGCGCCGCUCACCGCCCCCCUCACGCUGCCGACGAUGACGUGCGAGUUUUCGUUCGACGCGCCCGAGACACCCGGCGAGUACAAGGUGAUGGUGCAUUGCCGCUCGACGGGCUGCGUCGGGGUGGACGUGCGCAAGAAGGUCACCUUCAAGGUCCUCCCCGCCAUCUUUGUCAAGCGGCCCGCGCCGGCCGCCACCGCAAAGGCCGAGGAGGCGGAGGAGGAGGCGAGGGAGCGCGAGCCGAGGGAAGAGCAGCCGCCGCCGCUCGAGGCGGAGGCGCCGCCGCCGCUGAUCGCCGCCGCCUGAGCGGGCUACCCUCGGAGGACUGCUCUGUUUGGCACGGCGUUUGAUGCCGCAGCCGUUGCAUGUCUGUGCUCUUGCUUUGGGACUCGCUCUUGGAGCAUGGAGUCGGAGAGGGGGUGAGGGGGGCGCUGAGAGAGAGGAGAGAGGUGAGACGCGCGGCAUUGUGCAAUCAUUGUCUCAAAAAUGGCGUUUGUUGAAAACUAUGCAUGUAUGAAUGGGGACGGCUCG